GAGCCAGGCAGUAUUUAAAAGAAUACAAUUUGUGUGUUGUUAUUUUGGGGCAUAAGCUAGCCGGUGGCCAGGAGCAGGGUGGCAGGAAUGCGGCCUGCAGCUCCUCACUACAGAGUGAAGCCAUACAGGGCACCUCAGAAGCUUGAAGAUGCGGAGCCUGCCCUAUCUUCUGAGCCCCUUGCAGGAGGAUGGUUCAGCUUGAUUCUCUCUGAAGCCAGAGCUCAUCAGUUCUUGACUUUUGAACUUCUGGCCACCAGGAUCCUGAGAGAAAGUCUGCUGUUUAUGCUAAUUAGUUACACAAGCAGGGAGUUUGUCUGCAGCUGGCCACGCUGGCCCACACUCACCUGCAUGCCUUGCACAAUCACACUGCAAAGAGUUUCAUUGCUCCUGUGCAGCCAGGGUGUAAGCCAAUCAAGCUGCCAUCUGUAGCUUCCUAUGCUUCUAGGGGGGGCAGGAGGACUUUGUUAGCUGGAGCCUUGGAUCUCCAAAGGGGCUGAUGAUCAUAGCUGGAGAGGAAGGCCAGGCUCCAAGGCACAGGCUGUGAAGACCACUCUCCCCUCCCGGGUGCAGAGCUUCUGUAACGGUCACAGGUAGGACAGAGCUGGGCUUGCCAUAGAAAAAGAACCUGGGUUGUGCUGUGUGGGGGGUGAACUAUGUGAGAGACUGUAUGUAAGAGCAUUGCCAUCACUGGGAGAUGCUUCUGGAUGGAGAGUUUACCAGUGAGUGUGAACAGGUUAAUGUGGCUGCACAAGGAUGCACGAGUGUGUCCAUGCAUGCUGGCACUUACCGUGUGACCCCCCCCCCCCAGUGAAACCAUACCAAGCUGCAGAAAGAAGACACAGACUCCUGUGGUGGGAGGGCCCGAAGGCACUAACAGGGCACACUCCUGGGCUCAGAUUCCAUAGCCUUCCUGACUGGAUGCCUAGGCUGGACACUGCACUAUGGAGCCUGUUUCACGGUGUCAAGCUGGUACCUUAUGUGAUGUUUGUUAUAGGGAUGGGAGUUGAGAAACUGGGUAAGGGGGUAAGGGCUUUGCCACCACUCCGUGCCCAUUCCAAGCUGAGAGGGUUCAGGACGGGUUCACUGAAGCUAUUAUUCAUUUUUGAACUUCUGGUCACUAUUCAAAUUCUCAACUUCUAUGAAGAGGGUUCACUGACCCGUUCCAGGCACCUCGGUUACCGCUGAGCGACAUGGCCUUGUAGACCUGCCCUUGCGCACGCUGUGUGGCUGUGUGUGCAGUGGUGUCUCUCCCAGAGAAACCCUGGAAGACCUCAACACAAGUUCUUGAACUUGACCAGGGCGAGGGGCGUGCCCGCGACAGACCACGCCCACCCCAGCCCCCACCCCCGCUGCAUUCUACGGGAGAACGGCCGGAGGUGACGCCGGAACGGAGCGUGUAGGGACUAGCAGUAAAGGCCAAACCCGAGCUUAGCCGCACAGACGCCGCCGCGGUCGUACUUCUGAACCCUAACCGUCCUGAGUGCUGCAUCAGGCGGCUCCGCAAAGAAAUUUCUAACAGGAGACAGGGCAGCUUUAAAAUAAAGAUUCUGAGUCCUGCACCCGUGCGUCCUGUGACCGUUCCAGCUCAUCCCUCUGUAAAGGGGUUCCAGCCCUGUGCUGGAAACAUCCCCGCCUCGCCCGGGAAGCCGACUUCUAGACCGGUUCCUGCCCUGUCUGCCUGCCCUGUCUGCGUUCCUCUCUGCAGUUGAGAAUUUACAGCGGCCCCUUGGUUGCCGGCGCCUGGCUCUCGGCUGGGACGCACCCGGAAGUUGCCGCUACCGCAGGUGGCGCGGCCGCUUUGCCAUGGCGACGGCCGCUCGGCGACGCUUUUGCCGCUGCGCCUGCUUCUGCUCUCAGAACCUGUACGUGGCGCGCUACGGGCUGCACCUGCGCUUCCGGGACGAGCAGCAGUUGCGUCGUGACUAUGGCCCGCUCCUGCGCAGCCGAGGCUGCGUCAGUUCCAAGGACUUCCAGCAACUCUUGCAGGAGCUUGAGCAGGAGGUAGGGCGCCGCCGCAGGCUGGGGCAGGAAUCAGCUGCCAGAAAAGCCCUCAUUGCCAGCACCUACCACCCAGUGAGGCCUGAUGUCUACUGCUCACUGCAGGAUGCGGCACUGGCCCCUGAGUUUGUGGCUGCAGCUGAAUACAGUGCAUCCCCCGGUGCAGGCCUUGAGGGCCUUCUCCAGCAACUGGAGAUAGUGUCAGAGGAGAAGCGCAUCUACCGGGUGCCUGUGUUCUCGGCGGAGUUCUGCCAGGCCCUGCUGGAGGAGCUGGAGCAUUUCGAGCAGUCGGACAUGCCCAAGGGAAGGCCCAACACCAUGAACAACUAUGGGGUACUGAUGCACGAGCUAGGCCUAGAUGAGCCACUGGUGACACCACUGCGGGAGCGCUUCCUGCAGCCACUGCUGGCCUUGCUGUACCCCGAGUGUGGUGGGGGCCAGCUUGAUAGCCACCGUGCCUUUGUGGUCAAGUAUGCGCUGGGCCAGGACCUGGAGCUGGGCUGCCACUACGAUAAUGCCGAGCUCACCCUCAAUGUGGCUCUGGGCAAGGCCUUCACAGGGGGUGCCCUAUACUUUGGGGGCCUCUUCCAGGCACCUGCAGCCCUGAUGGAACCCCUGGAAGUGGAUCAUGUGGUGGGCCAGGGUAUCCUGCACCGUGGUGGCCAGUUGCACGGGGCUCGGCCCCUGACCACUGGAGAGCGCUGGAACCUUGUCAUCUGGCUCCGGGCAUCUGCUGUUCGAAACCGCCUCUGUCCUAUGUGCUGCCAGAAGCCAGAGCUGGUGGACGAUGAGGGCUUCGGUGAUGGCUUCACCCGGGAGGAGUCUGCCAUGGUAGAUGUAUGCGCACUGACUUGAGCCUGGUCCCCCAGUGGUGGUGCCAGGGCAGCAGGAAACUGCCAUCUUGGAUGAGGAGGGGAGAAAUAAACUCUAUAGCCAUGACCCUUCUUGGGUCAAAGGGACACGCUGACUCCUCAGUCACUCUUUGGACAGAUGAGCUGUGUUAGGGCAGAACAAGUCGAGUUUGAGAUGAAGUAUUGAGGUCGAGGGUGGAGCAGGUUCAGGAAGGGAAGGAGCCCCAAAGAGCCUCAGCCUGAUCCCUGGGGAGCUCUGCCUGGGCUGGGGGACUCAGUCAGUGACUCCUUGGAUAGGGUGGCUCACAGGGAUUUAAGUGGAGUUCAUUGGUCUGUCAGCAGUGCUGGCGAGUGGGGAGCCAGACUUUCUGGGUUCAAGCCUCUGUUCUGGCACGUCCAGCUGGGCAGCUCAGAAUUUGUUUGCAGCCUGGAUGUUGUGACGAGUUGACAUUUAUAAAGCACUUUAUAACAGC